AUGUGUCAAGACGAAUUCGAUGCACAGAAGGAGCUCUGGGAGGCGUUCGAAGCUGGUGAUUUGGAUAGAUUUCAUAAUGCUAUCAUUCUAGGCGGCCAGCCCAAUCUUAUUUCCAACGAUAACAUCAAUAACAUGAGCAUCUAUGAGAAGGUGUUGUCCAAAUCGGGAUCUGCAAAAUUUAUAAGGGAUUGCAUUAAUGCAGGCUGUGACGUCAAUUAUGUGAAUCCACAGCUUAAUAAGGCUGCCAUUAAUUAUGCAGCUGAAUCGAAGAAUCCGCAAAAUCUUUCAAUGCUGUUGCAUCAAUCCAAUUGCAAGGUGAACUUGGAUCAUCAGUUUAAAGACGAGACGCCAUUGAAUGCGCUGGUCAAAAGUCUGACUCCUGAAAAUGUUGGACGUGUCUUCUACUGCAUAAGUAUACUUCUGCAUAAUGGUGCCUCGCCCAAUUUGGCCGAUCGCGAUGGUAAAACCCCUUUGCAAAUUGUGCUGCAAUUGGAAAAAAUUCCCCUGGAACCGCGCUGUAAUUUAAUCAUCGAGUUCCUCAAGCUACCCGAGUUGAGUCAGCAAAAUUAUCGCGAGGUGCGACAAUUUCUGAGCUUGAAGGAGGAUCAAGUGCUGGAGCUGUUGGCAGGAUAUCAGAAAGAUAUAGUGGCUUGGAACAGCAGGGUAAUGCAGCAAAUACUGCUCAAGGAGCAUAUCACUAACAAUUCGGAAAAGGCACUGAAGGCUGUAAUUGCAAUGCUUAAUUCGAAUACGUCGGAGGAUAAUGAACGACUGGUUAAAGUCGCCAUCGAAGCGGGCAACUGGACAACUGUCUUAUCCUUACUGAAAAGCGAAUCACUUCAGAAUAAACCCAAGAGCAAGUUACUCAAGACAAUGAUCAAGCAGGCGCAAAUUCAACCCUCACUUAAUCAUGAAUAUCAGAGCUGUCUGCUGCAACUGCUGAAGGAUCAGGAGAAUUGCGUCAAUCAAUAUGAUGAUCAUCAUAAUACUCCCCUACAUUAUGCUGUGCUCUAUCGCAAUGAGAUUGCCAUAAAAGAGCUAUUACGUCAAGGUGCCAGGCUGGGAUUGUCUAGUUCAGGGAAGAGACUGCCCAUAGAGGAUAUGGAUGUGAAGCUGCUCGAGGAACACUUCGAUUAUUGCAUCACGAGCCGUGGAAAGAAACCCAGUCAUGAGCAGUAUGAGAUUAUUAUGAAUUGUUUGAAUUUGACGAAUCGACAUAAGGAUUUGGACAUUGCUCCCAUUGUUUGUAUGGCCAAGUCGAAGGAGCUGUGUCCCUUGUUGCAACACCCAUUGAUCACUUGCUUUCUGCUCCUCAAAUGGCAGAGACUCUCCACAGUUUUCUACACUCACUUCCUGAUCUUCAUACUCCUUAGUGCCAGUUUGGUUGCCCAUGUCGUUCUACGUUUUCCUCAGCGCAUUCAUUAUGAACUUCCUAUCCUGAUCCUAAGUACUAUAAUCUUCUGCUUAAUUGGCUAUAUACUAAUUGUAGAACUGUCGAAUUACCUGAUGACCCAUAAACUCCCUAGUUAUGUAAGUCUCCCGCUGGUGACGCUGCUUAUUCUGAACUGCAUCGAGUGGGGUGAAAAUCUGGAAACCCAAAGAAUUUAUGCCGUUUUUGUCAUCAUGUUGAUGGCCUUCAAGCUAACAAUUCUUAUAGGGGCUUUGCCUUUUCCCUCCAUAUCGACACACAUGCUCAUGUUGCGACAGGUGACGAGUAAUUUUUUAAAAUGCCUGGCCCAGUAUUCUAUAUUGAUCUUUACCUUUGGUCUGUGCUUCUAUAUCAUUUUUGGAUCGCCAAUUGUAGCAGAUUCCUUUCUCUCCUAUUCCCAUCCGGAUACAACUUUAAUGAAAACUCUUGUCAUGUUCACUGGCGAAUAUGAUGAAAAUGAUUUUACUGGUUAUUACACUUCAAUAGUGCUGAUUAUUUUCAUGUUUAUGACCAUGAUACUGACCAACUUAUUAGGCGGACUGGCUGUCAAUGAUACUCAGAACAUUCAAGCCAAGGUGGAGCUAAAUGCUGCCAUUUGUCGCACAAAUCUGUUGAAUAGCUACGAGGGCAUUUUGAAAGGACAUUGGGGAAAUUCCGAAUGGUUACGUGUUGUUUUCCAAAAGCUGAUGCAUAUCCAGACUGAUUGUUCAUAUGGCUAUCUAUCUAUAUUUCCCAACCAAGACAAUCGUGCUGAGGUUUACAAUCAAAGACACCGAAAUCAGAGCAUUGAAAGUCUUCCCAACUCAGAAGAUGUUUGCCUUUCACCAUUAUAUCCUGAUUGUAAAGAUGAUGCAAGCAGUAAUGAUUCAAAUAUGGGCAAUUAUGAAUAUUUGCCCACCAACUUUGAUGCCCACUUGACUGAUUUUGAAAUUAAUUCCAAUUGGUCCAAGUACGAAAGUAUUCCCAAAGAUAUGAAUGCCCUUAAAAGCAAUUUAAAGAUUGACAAUGCUACAGUAAAGCGAGCUCUGCAAAUUAUUAAAGAAAAAUCCAACAAAGAAAUCGAAGAGAAGCGCGAGGAAUUUACCGAAAAACGACUGGAAAAUAUCUGGAACUUGUUAAAGGAGCUUAAGAACGAGUUGGCCAUGAAAAAGUUAGACAACUGA